AUGAUACAACAAUGCUCGGACAUGAUUAAAAACAUGAUUCAAUUGAGAACUGAAUUACGUAAGGAUCUUGCAGAUUGUGGAAAUACUACUGCAACAGAGGUUGAAGAUCAUAAAAUGAGACCCCCUCGACAGCGACGAGUUAUUAGAGGAGGUAUCCCAAUUAGGGAUCGCUCUACAUCAAUUGAUAAACCCUCUGUUGCAAGAAAGGGCCCUAGGAUAGUGUCUGAUAUACAAUUAGUGCCUCCUCAUACAUCUAUGGAUGCAACGCCGGAGUUGCAACAACCACUUCUUCCAAAGUCAACUUGGUCUGAGGUUGUUAAGCGUGGACGCAAACAGGCUGUUGUGAAGGUGGAUGGAAAUAAGACCUCCGAACAGAAAAAGGUUCCUGAGGGAGCUAUAACGCGUAGUUCAUUCCGAAAGCGAGUGCCACGAAAUUCGGAUAUUACAAUUAGCAGCCAGAACUUAAAUAUGCCUACACAUGUGUUGCUGAAGAAAGUACGUGACAAUAUUAGCCUGCAAGAAAUAGGAAUUGAACGUACUAAGAUUCGUAAAACUGCGAAUGGUAGCACACUCGUUACGGUUCUGGGACCUGAUGCAGCAAGUAAAGCAGACGCACUGGCUGUGAAAGUACGUGAACUUGUACAAAAUGAUGCAAGGGUAACCAGGCCAAUUAAACGCGCGAAUAUAAAACUUGUAGGUAUUGAUGAUUCCAUUAACAAGGAAGAAAUCGCUUGUACAAUAGCAGAAGUAGGUCAACUUAAGUUAGAUGAUAUACGCAUAGGAGAUUUGCAGCUAAUGAGAAACGGCAUGGGCAUUGCAUGGGUAAAUAUACCUCUGUCUGCUGCUAUUAAGAUCUCGAAAUGGGUAGUGUAA